GGGAAAUUAUUGAGAAUAGAUAACAAAUUCUUAGCCCAGCCCUCACAGUUUGCAAUAAAAAGGCCUAGUCCGACACAUUGAUCCCUACCACACUGAAGGCAGAGAUUGUUAAAUCAUUGGUGAGAUCUUUCAUCGUUGUAUUCUAACCCUUGAAACAUCUUUGAUCUUGCAGCAUAAAUCAAUUAUUCGCUUUUGAUAAUUUCUUCAGUAAAAUUGAGACUUGAAAAAGAAAACUCCACUCAUCAAUCAUGUCAUCUGAUACAGCUGUAGUUCCAUCCAACCAUCAAAUGGACAGCCCAGAUUUCAUUAGAGACCUGCUGCCUGCUGCAGAGAAGACAGCCCUGCUGUACAACAUCUCCUACCUGUGCCUGGCCAAAUUCCCCUCUCUGGAGAGAAUCAUCAGAGCCAAUGCUGUUGAGGCCCAAAUGCUGUUCUCCUCCUCUGAGGCUCUGCUGCUGCUGUGUGUUAGCACCAGUGACAACAUGGUCAAGACAUUAUUCCCUAUGCUGAAGGCUGCUGUGACGAAAAAUAAUCCGUUGGUUGCCGUCAAAUUCCUGGCGAAGGCCAAUCAGUGGAUCCAUGAUAUCAUCAAAGAAGUUGAAAAAAUAGUAGAUGACUAUAAGAAACUCAACAUGGGGGUAACGACUGUCACCAGCGAUGUUAUUUCCACCAAAAAAGAAACAGAGGACAAGAAGAGAAAGCUGACCACGGAAGAGGAGAUCCUGCAGAAUGUUGUUGAAGACUACAAUAUGAAGCUAAGUUGCAUCCAGUCAGCUCUGAAUGAGGUCAAUAGAAAGAUCACCGAUGCUGAUACGGAGCUGCGUAAGUUGGUUAACGGCAUUGCCAGUAGAAACAAGAAGUUUGGCAUAGUGGCUGCCGUGGUUCCCUUCCUAGGAUUGAUCAUCAAUGCUAUCCAGAAGGGGGUCAAUAACCCUGGAGAUAGUGCAGCCAUUGAGUUGGCCAAGAACAAGAUGAAUCAGCUUCAGCAGGACAAGACCCGUUUGAGUAAGAACGAGUGGGCGGCCCAAUCGGAGGUGAUGAAAUCCCAGAUGGAGCUGACCAGAGCCAAAUUUGACCUGGGUUCUGUUCCUGAUCCUGUCCAUCUGGCUGAGGUUCAAACCUGCCUGACCCGGAUCCAGAAUAUUCUGCUGCAACUCAGAAGCUUCUGGGAGAAGAUCGGAGUGAUGGUGACCAACCUGCAGCAGAAGACCUUCGCUGGGGAAGACCUGAUUAAUUUUCUCCCAGAUUUUAAGGAGGUGUUCUUGGAUUCCUUGCUAGUAGCUGAAGAGGCUUGGAAGAUGUUUAGUGGGAGAUGCCAGAGCGUCAUGGGCAUGUUUAGUGUCCAGUCGAAGGAUGCCUACAAGUUCCUGGAGACCAGUCCAUCAUCUCUCACCCAGGAAGAGUGGCAGGAAAUGUAUGAUGCUGUGACAGCCAAACUGCAUUCCUUCUACCCUGCCCUCGAGGCCAAGCAGGCCAUUGAGGACCAGCAUGGCCAUUGAGGACCAGCAGGCUGCAGAAAGUAACUAAUGUUUGCAUCCACUGUCACCAGGUUAACAUUAAAAUAUCUUUUUUUGUUGGUCUUAUAUUGACAUUGGUGACAAGUAGGAUUUGUGGGCAUAAUUAGUAGUUCACAUGCUGUGAUGAGUAACUUUCCAUUAUUUUGUUUUUCAUUGCUGAUUAUUGUGUUGCGCUUUUAUUAGAGCUCAUCAUCUACUAUGCUAACAGUAUAAUACCAAACUGGCUUUUGUUCACCUAUCUUCUUGGAGUAUACUAAUGUUGUUGGUAGCAGGCAGGUUUUAAGGCUUCUGGUCUGUUCAAAGACUUCAAUAGUUUAACUUUGUGCAGAGCUUUCAGGAAUAUGAACUGAUCUAUAUACAUAUGUAUACGCUACAGUAUUCAUACGUAAUCAUGUAUAAUCACAAUGUGUGUUUUUGGUAUAUCAGUAUGUCAGUUUCAAUAUACUAUCAUGUAUAAUUAGUUUAGAGCCAUAGAGGAGGAAUUUAGAGCCAUAGAAGAGGAGUUUAGAGCCAUAAAGGAGGAGUUUAGAGCCAUAGAGGAGGAGUUUAGAGCCAUAAAGGAGGAGUUUAGAGCCAUAGAGGAGGAGUUUAGAGCCAUAGAAGAGGAGUUUAGAGCCAUAAAGGAGGAGUUUAGAGCCAUAGAGGAGGAGUUUAGAGCCAUAAAGGAGGAGUUUAGAGCCAUAGAGGAGGAGUUUAGAGCCAUAGAGGAGGAGUUUAUAGCCAUAGAGGAGGAGUUUAGAGCCAUAGAGGAGGAGUUUAGAGCCAUAGAGGAGGGUCUUAAUGGCUAUAUGUACUUGUACUUUCUUCUGUUCUCUGCUGUUUAUCUCCUGAAAUCUCUUAUGAAAACUAAACUAAAUAUAAUCAAAAUCAAAUUAGACUACAAUGUUCUUUAAUGCAUGUUUAUUAUGGAAUAAAUCUGAGUAAGAUCAA